AUGUUUAACUAUGAAAUUUUCUCACAGGAGGCUUUUAACACUAGAGAUUACAUCAAUGCAGUUAUUAGCAGCCAGCGAGCUGAAACAAUUAGCAGCGUAUAUCCUGAUGAUCGGUCUUAUCAGGGCAAGGAACUAAGGUUGAAGCAGCAGUACUUUUUCGUCUCAGCUUCUCUUCAAGACAUCAUUCGGAGAUAUAAAGAUUCUCACAAUAACUUUGAUCAAUUUCCUGACAAGGUGGCACUGCAACUGAAUGAUACUCACCCCUCCCUCGCAAUUCCUGAGCUUAUGAGGGUUCUUAUUGAUGAACUUCUCAAAUGGAAAGAGGCGUGGGACAUCGCAUGCAAAGUCUUUUCCUUCACUGCCCACACAGUAGCUCUAGAAGGAUUAGAAAAAAAUCCCAGUUAAGCUGCUAAGUAACCUUCUUCCACGAUAUUUGCAAGUGAGUUCCAAAUAAGUUUCUUAAGUUGUUUUAAUUGUAAACUAACAUAUUCUCUGUGUUUUGUAGGAAAUUAUUCAAGUGGGAGUAGAAGAUAACCUACAUGAUGGUCAAGAUUAGCUUACAUUACUUUAUAGUUGUAGACAAUUUUGCAAGUGAUAUUAACACUAUGAAAUUGCAAGUGAUGUAAACACUAUGAAAGUAUGGUAUAAAUUUGUGUAGUUUGGCUGUGAAA